UAGAAGAAUAAAAUAGAAUCGAACAACGAAAUAAGAUCGAAGAACAAAAUAAAAUAAAAAUAAAAGAAGUAACGUAACGCUUGAUGAAAGACUUCGCAAUUUCUACAAAUUCGAAUGGUCCAGCGGCCGAUCGCCCGGAUCAUUUUCCAAAAAAUUGAAAUGCAUCGCAGGGACGACACGAUGCUCGCAUAACGGAGGCGCUUGCAAUUAAAAGAGGAUCGUCGAAAUAACUCGCCGACGCCGAUUUGGUUUCGCGAACCGGUAUGAAGAAGAGACGACUCCGUGGCUGAAAUGGUGCGUUGAUGCGUUGUAAAUGCUCGCGAGGAGCGAUCUAAAUGUAUCAAACAGAGAUUGCGAGUGCUCGUGCGAUGACGUGCCAUAAAUGAUUCGCAUCAAUGAGACCAGGACCGACGACAGCCUUUGCUUGUCACGAAGAUGGAGUACUGGAUGGCGGGCAACGAUACCGGUCGCAAUGGCAGAGCAGAGGCCCUCGAGGAGGUCCUACAGGAUCCAGGAUCGGUGGUCCUCUUCGUCGGGUAUCCGCGAUGGUUGUUACACUUCGCCGCCGGGUGCUGCGUGCUUUUCAUGCUCGUCGGGAUCCCCGGCAACCUUUUCACCAUCGUCGCCCUUCUUCGAACCAGAAAGCUGAGAAACGCUACAGCGAUCUUCAUAAUGAAUCUAUCGGUCUCGGAUCUGAUGUUCUGCUGCUUCAAUCUACCCCUCGCCACGUCGACAUUUUGGCACAGCUCUUGGUCGCACGGGGCAUUGUUGUGUCGCCUGUUCCCUCUGCUGAGAUACGGCCUGGUCGCGGUCAGCCUGUUCACGAUUCUCGCGAUCACGAUCAAUCGUUACAUCAUGAUCGGCCAUCCUAGAUGGUAUCCCACAUUGUACAAACAAAAAUAUAUAGCGCCGAUGGUGGUUGGUAUCUGGUUGGUAGCGUUCGGUGUCCUCGUUGUUACCUGGUUCGAAAGCUGGGGCCGUUUCGGCUUGGACACCGCCAUUGGAUCCUGCUCGAUACUUCCGGACGUCCAUGGUAGAAGCCCCAAGGAGUUUCUGUUCGUCGUUGCUUUCUUAAUUCCAUGCGUUGCUAUCGUUGUCUGCUAUGCUAGGAUUUUCUACAUAGUUCGAAGAACAGCCUGGAAAAGCAAGAGACGAAAUUUAAUCGCGCGAACCGAGGCCAACGAUUAUUCAAAGCGCGAGCGUCGCUCGUUGUCCCCGAGGAUCCAACAAGAGGAGUUGUCUGUGAUGGGCUCGAGUUGCACGGCGAGCGUGAUCUGCUCGAACUUCUCCUCGAAACGGACGAUCGUGUCGCCAAGUCGACUGAAUUGCUCACGAACACCUUCGAGAUCGGCGAUCGGUGAGUCUCUGUCGGAGCUGCGAACCUCUUCGGACCAGGACCCGACCAAGGAGGAUGACGAGGAGGACGACGAGGAGGAGGAGGGAGACGAGGAAGAAGACGCGGACAGCUUUAUCAGUAAAACGGCCAGUGCGGGGACGAAGGAGCCGCGGAUGAAAUCCGUUGGGAUCCUCGGGGUCUGCGACAGAACGAACCCCGGCUUCGGAACGAGAAUGGACGACAUACCGUACGUCGACGAGCGGGACGAUCUGGACGAAACGGGGCACGUUUUCUCGCGCGACGAUUGCCCGGCGAUCAACGAGUCGCCGGCGAAAGGUUCCGCGAACGCUCGAAAUAAAUUGGAGAGAAUGGCGAGCAGGGCUUCGUUCAUCAUCGAGUCGGCGUUGUGGGUGCAACGGUUGAACUCGAAAGUCGCGACGGAGAACGAUCGAUUGCGAUCGAGCACGCCGGAGCAGCCAGCGAGGAGAUCGACGAUCGCCGGGAGCGAAUUGAGGCUGCGCGGCGACGGGAAAUCGAGGAUUGCCGAGAGCCCGCCGAGGAUGUGCAACAAGGACAAGAAGCUGCUGAAGAUGAUUCUGGUGAUAUUCUCGUCGUUCCUCGUCUGCUAUUUGCCGAUCACCAUCACGAAGACGUUCAAGAACGCCAUCGACUGGCGGGGGCUCAAUAUCGCUGGUUACAUACUGAUUUAUCUGACCACCUGCAUUAAUCCCGUGGUGUACGUGGUGAUGAGCUCCGAGUACAGAAGCGCCUACAAGAACGUGUUGCUCUGUAGAAACGAUGCCGUCGCCAGAAACGGGGCUAGGAAACCGUGACACGCUAUUUAUUUCGAUAGGGUAAGCGUAGGUAUUAUCUGCGGCUUCUCCAAAAACUAUACGCCAAAUACUGUGCUAGUGAAAUAAUAUCUGAGGAUAGGUGACAGUGACAGUGUACGUCGAUUUUUUUUUAUCAAUUAAUAACGUUUAUUAUUAAUUAGGCUCGACGUUUUCUCAAAAGUCAAUAAAUGAGUUAAAAGUGCGAUCGCUGUUACUUGUAUGUCAUAAAUUGUCAAUAUUAAACAUGUAAAAUAUUAUGAGAUUCGUUUUUAGAAGAAGGAUUUGUAUAAUUUUUAGUUCAUACCUGUAAAAAGGUCAGAUUUUAUUGCUUUUAUAAAAUACCGCAGCAUUUGGGGCGUCUGCGGUAAUACCCACGCUUACCCUAUGUAUUUCUACUAGCUCGAGUUGUAAAUAACUUCCGUUUCUUCGUCGGAUAUUUGUUUUAUCUUCUUUUUAUUUACUUUUGUUUUGCUCUCCUGUUUUAUUUAUUUCGAACCCUUGUCUGUUUAGUGAAAGAAAAAAAACUCGUUUGUCCCCGGUGACUCGUAUCGAACAGAUAUGAACAAUAUAUUCCACUUAGUUGCGUCGGAAGUUAUUUAUGACGCGAGCUAACGUUCCGGAAAAGUGUCGAACGAAAGUGUUCGAAUUUUGUACUUGAAACGAACGUACUUUAAUUCCGAUGCGUUUUCGGGUAACGGGGACAAUGCGAGAAACUGGAGAAAUUUGCGUAUACGUGCGUAAAUUUCGAAGAGUGUAAAUGGUUUCGUUUGUUCGCUGGUAUUCGAGUAUGAAACAUGGAAGUUUUAAAAAAUGUCAUUUAUUUAUUGUUCGAUUAAUAGAUCUUAUUACAAUGUACGAUAUAACGACGCUUAAAAUUGAAUAAAAUGGGUCUAAUAAUUGUACUGAAAA